AUGUUUACAGGGAAUAGCUCAGUAAAGAGCGGUGCGUCGAAGACCGCGUUACCUCCGGCCCCUUCCGUCCCGCCCGCUGCCCACCGCGCUGCUGCUGUCGAAGACAUAGACCUAGACGACGGGCUGGACGACAACGAACUGAGUGACGGAGGCAGCGAGACAGCAGCAGCAGUAGGCCAGAAGAACACCAUGGGGUCCGUGUACCGAAAGGGCGACGACCACCACCCGGGAGGCGGGAAGAAGAUGAGCGAGGUCGCGAACGCGAUCGCGUCCUGUACGGCCCUUUCGUUCUUCUCCAUCUCCAUGAUCCUGGCCAACAAGUUUCUGGCGGGGUCAUUUAAUGCCAAGCUGCACUUCCUGCCCAUGGCCUUCCAGUGUUUCAUCGCCGUGCUCUUGGUGGAGGCGUCCCGGAUGAAGGGGCUGGUGCAGUACGAGCCGUUCAACAUGGCGACGGCGAUGCGGUGGUUCCCCAUCGCCAUCUUCUUCUGCACGAUGCUCCUCUCUUCCUUCUUGUCCAUGCAGUACAUGGGCGUGCCGAUGGUGACGGUGUUCAAGAGCCUGACAAACCUCAUCAUUGUUACGGGAGACUACUUCUGGCACAGCCAGAUAGCCACCCCACUCGUGCUCCUCAGCCUGGCGGUCAUGACAGGCGGAGCUAUCCUUGCGUCUUGGAGCGAUAUCGAGUUUUCGGCGUGGGGCUACUUCUGGAUGUCGGCGAACUGCUUCGCGACGGCUUCGUACGUGUUGACGAUGAAGUUCGCCACCCGCACCAUGAAGCUGCCCAAGUUCGGCAUGGUUUUCUACAACAACUUGCUAGGGUGCCUGAUCAUGCUGCCGUUGGCUAUGUGUUUCGGAGAGGUCUUCACGUUGGAGAGCACCGGCUUGGUUGGCUUCCUUGACCGCGCGGAUCUGCACACUCCCACGUACCUGAGCAUAAACCUCGGUGCCGGCGCGGCCGGGUUUUUCCUGAACUUCGCGGCCCUGUGGUGCGUGGGCGCUACGUCGGCGACAACCUACGCCGUCGUGAACACCGUCAACAAUUUCCCCGUGUCCAUCCUGGGGUACUUCCUCCUUCCCAGCGCGCCCAUCUCCCGCCAGCAGUGGGAGUUCAUCGUCGUCAACAUCGUGGGAGGCUUUAUCUACUCCGCCGCCAAGAUCAAGGAGCAAAAGGCGAAGGAGCGCGCGGAGGCGCUGCUGGCGUCUCAGGACAGCGGAGACGUGGAAGCCGUGCCGCUUGUGGGGGGCACAACGGACGACCUCAAGAGCCGCAAUAGCCCUGGCAGGCGGAGUUAACAACGAGGUCUUGCCGCGACAACCUUGGAUGGAUGUUGAGAGCCUUGUGUCGAGCGCGGGAGCACUAGCUCUCUGCUUGCAGCAGGCACGUGGAUGGCGUUGCAGCGUGACCUAUCCACAUGCGCGGUGUGAGAUGAGGCUGAUGAUAAAAAAAACGAUGAUAAAUUUGUAUGGUGGGUAAUUAGCGGGUAAGGUUCCCCGGGCGGAGGAAGCGUCGUUUGUGUGUGAACCCGCCGCAGUUUUGGUGACUCGUCAAGUUUGGUGUGGCAUUGGUCGAUAUAUCACGCGGUCAAGCGAUGCGCGCGGUGUGGUUCGUGGCUGUGCGCCGCCCGAUGAGGUCGAGGAUUGCCGCGGGAGGAUUCCUCAUCCUGCCAGUGCGCGAUGCGUUCUCGUGAAGAUGCUGGCGUGUGCGGUGUGCUGCUGAUGCGCGCUGGUUUGUUUUUGUGUGUUUUUAUUUGGGGGGAGGGGGGGGUUAAGAACAACGAGAACACAGCAAGCUCGUCUACACGUAGGCUAAACGUACUCCUUAUUUUUGUAACGGCGGCUGAAUGGACUGGUAUGGGCCCGAUUCGUGGCAGUUGCUGUGGAAAUCGAGGACCAAACUGUCUUGUUCAGGGCGUCAUAUCCUGCUUGCAAAUCUGAUUUUACCUCCACAAGAACAUUUUUGGUACCAAGUGUGGUUUGGUGUUUUGAUAUGAGUGUUAACAGAAGGCGGAGUGGAGGUAGCGCAUUGAUAUAAUUGUUAACGGAGGGGGGAGGGGGGGGGGGGGUCUCCCGGGCGACUUUAUGACGGGGCGUGCAUCGCUCGUCUGGUGAUGUCAGUACGUUGGGCUGCUUUUUUUCUUUUGUU